AUGCCCAAAUCUGGGUUCACAAAACCAGUUCAGAGUGAAAAUUCUGACAGUGACAGCAAUAUGGUAGAAAAACCAUAUGGAAGAAAGAGUAAAGACAAGAUUGCAUCCUAUAGCAAAACUCCAAAAAUUGAUCGAAAUGAUGUGGGCAAGGAGAUGAAAGAGAAAUCAUCCAUGAAACGUAAACUUCCUUUUACCAUCAGCCCAUCAAGAAAUGAAGAACGAGAUUCAGACACAGAUUCAGACCCAGGACAUACAAGUGAGAAUUGGGGGGAGAGACUUAUAUCUUCUUACAGGACAUGCUCAGAGAAAGAAGGUCCAGAAAAGAAGAAAACAAAAAAGGAAGCUGGAAAUAAGAAGUCCACUCCAGUUAGCAUUCUUUUUGGUUACCCACUUUCAGAGCGAAAGCAGAUGGCACUUCUUAUGCAGAUGACAGCAAGGGACAACAGUCCAGAUUCCACACCAAAUCAUCCAUCGCAAACAACACCAGCCCAAAAGAAAACUCCCAGUUCCUCAUCUCGACAAAAAGACAAAGUUAAUAAAAGAAACGAACGUGGUGAAACUCCUUUACACAUGGCAGCUAUUCGAGGAGAUGUAAAACAAGUCAAAGAACUAAUAAGUUUAGGGGCAAAUGUGAAUGUGAAAGAUUUUGCAGGUUGGACACCACUGCAUGAAGCUUGCAACGUGGGAUAUUAUGAUGUUGCUAAGAUACUGAUAGCAGCUGGAGCAGAUGUUAACACACAAGGAUUAGAUGAUGACACUCCACUCCAUGAUUCCGCUAGUAGUGGGCACAGAGAUAUUGUGAAACUGCUGCUUCGUCAUGGUGGAAAUCCUUUUCAAGCUAAUAAACAUGGGGAGCGUCCAGUGGAUGUGGCAGAAACAGAGGAGCUGGAGUUGCUGCUGAAAAGAGAGGUGCCUUUGUCUGAUGAUGAUGAGAGUUACACAGAUUCUGAAGAGGCUCAGUCAGUAAAUCCUUCCAGCAUUGAUGAAAAUAUUGACUCUGAGACAGAGAAAGACUCUCUCAUCUGUGAAAGUAAACAGAUACUUCCCAGUAAAGCACCUCUUCCAUCUGCCCUUGAUGAGUAUGAGUUCAAAGAUGAUGAUGAAGAGGAAAUAAAUAAAAUGAUUGAUGACAGACAUAUUCUUAGGAAAGAACUGCGAAAAGAGAAUGAAUCUGAAGUAGAAAAGAAUAGUUUAUUUGCAAAACAGGAAAAAGCUUUCUAUCCUAAAUCAUUUAAAAGUAAAAAACAAAAGCCAUCUAGGGUUUUAUAUUCAAGUUCUGAAAGUUCAGAUGAAGAAAUUCUUCAGAACAAAAAGUGUUCUGCUCCAUGUUCUGCUCCAUGUUCUCUCCCUGAAACAUCAAAUUCUGAUAUUCAAACCAAAAAGGAAUAUGGAGUUUCAAAUGAACACAAACAGAAAGGCAAAGUUAAAAGAAAAUUAAAGAACCAGAACAAAAAUAAAGAGAACCAAGAGCUGAAGCAAGAAAAAGAGGGGAAAGAAAAUACCAGAGUAACAAACUUGACAGUUAAUACUACACUAGAUUGUUCAGAUAAGACCAGAGACGAGGGGAAUUUUAGGAAAUCUUUUAGCCCAAAAGAUGAUACUUCAUUACAUUUAUUUCAUAUUUCCAGUGGUAAAUCUCCCAAACAUUCUUGUGGACUCAGUGAAAAGCAGUCAACACCACUAAAACAAGAACAUUCUAAAACCUGUUUAUCACCAGGAAGUUCUGAAAUGUCAUUACAGCCUGAUCUUGUUCGGUAUGAUAAUAUAGAAUCUGAAUUCUUGCCAGAAAGUUCAAGUGUAAAAUCUUGUAAGCAUAAGGAAAAAAACAAACAUCAUAAAGAUUUCCACUUAGAAUUUGGUGAGAAGUCAAAUGCCAAAAUAAAAGAUGAUGAUCACAGUCCAACAUUUGAAAAUUCAGAUUGCACACUGAAAAAAAUGGAUAAAGAGGGUAAAACAUUAAAAAAACAUAAGUUAAAACAUAAAGAAAGGGAAAAAGAAAAGCAUAAAAAAGAAAUUGAAGGUGAAAAGGAAAAGUACAAAAGUAGGGAUGGUACUAAAGAGCUGCAACGGAGUGUGGAAUUUGAUAGAGAGUUUUGGAAAGAGAAUUUUUUUAAAAGUGAUGAAACCGAAGAUCUAUUUUUAAGUAUGGAACAUGAGUCCCUAACAUUAGAAAAAAAGUCAAAGUUGGAGAAAAACAUUAAAGAUGAUAAAUCAACCAAGGAAAAGCAUAUCUCCAAAGAGAGAAACUUUCCCGAACGGGAAAAGAUUAAAAAGGAAAGUGAAAAAUCUUUUAGGGAGGAAAAAAUAAAAGAUUUAAAAGAUGAGCGAGAGAAUGUACUUACAGAUAAAGAAACAGAAUUCAGCUCUUUAGGUGUAAGUGCCACUGAAGAGACUAUAGGGUUACAUUCAGUGGAAAAGGAAAUAGAAAUUGAAAAGCAUAUGAAAGAAAGUAAGGAAAAAUCUGAGAAACGAUUUCAGACCAAAGAUAAGGACAUUGAGAGGGCUGACAGAAAAAAUUCUGAAAAAGAGAAGAAGAUAAAACAUGAGCAUAAGUCAGAGAAAGACAGAUUAGAUCCUAGUGAAUGUGUCGACAGAAUAAAAGAAAAGGACAAGCUAUAUUCACAUCACACAGAAAAAUGCCAUAGAGAAGGUGAGAAGCUAAAAAACAUUACUACCGUUAAAAAAAACGAUGACCGAGAUAAAAGUAGAGAAAAGAUGGAUAGGAAACAUGACAAAGAAAAACCUGAGAAAGAGAGACAUCCAGCAGAGAGCAAAGAGAAGCACUUGAUGGAAAAAAAAAACAAGCCAUCAGAUAAUAGUGACUAUACUAAAUCAGAAAAAAGCAAAAAUAAAGAAAAAGAUAGGGAGGUAGAUAAAAAGGACAAAUCUAGAGACAGUGUAAAUAUAAGUAAUUCCAAACACUUCCAGGAAGAGAGAAAGUCAAGUAUAACAGACAGUAAUAAAGCACAACAUGAAAAAACUUUCUCUCUCAAAGAAAAAACAAAAGAUGAACCUUUGAGAACUCCUGAUGGAAAAGAAAAAGAUAAAAAAGAUAAAGAUAUAGAUAGAUAUAAAGAACGAGACAAACAUAAGGAUAAAAUUCAACUGAGUAGUUCACUCAAACUAAAAUCCGAAGGAGAUAAGCCUAAACCUAAGUCAUCACCAGCGUCAAAGGAUACUCGGCCCAAAGAAAAGAGGCUCGUGAAUGACGACUUAAUGCAGACCAGCUUUGAACGGAUGCUAAGCCUUAAAGACCUGGAAAUAGAGCAGUGGCACAGAAAACACAAGGAAAAGAUUAAACAAAAAGAAAAGGAACGGUUGAGAAAUCGCAAUUGUUUAGAACUUAAAGUAAAAGAUAAGGAAAAAACAAAGCAUGGACUAGCUGAGUCCAAAAAUAAAGAACUUACUAGGUCAAAGAGUUCUGAGUUGACUGAUACUUACACUAAGGAGAAACACUGUAAAGAUGCUGUAAGUAACAGAUCCCAAUCUGUGGACACCAAAAAUACGGCGAGUUUAGGCAAGUCAUCCUUUGUUUCAGAUAAUAGCUUGAACAGGUCUCCUAGAUCAGAAAGUGAAAAGCCAGGUCUCAGCUCCAGGUCUGUCUCCAUGAUUUCAGUGGCUAGCUCAGAAGAUUCCUGCCUUACUACAAUGACAACCCCAAGGCCUCCAGUUGAGUAUGACUCAGACUUUAUGUUAGAGGGUUCAGAUUCCCAAAUGUCCUUUUCCCAGUCACCGUUUUUGCCAGUUGCCAAAUCUCCUGCCCUUCAUGACAGAGAGCUGGAUAGCCUGACUGACCUAUCAGAGCGGAUUAAAGCAUCGUAUGCUAGCAGGCUUCUGACCUCCCAUCUCCGGGCAUCUUCUAUUGAAGAUGCUAAACUAGUUACAAAUGAAGGGAGAUCAGCUGCAGAAGCCCGAAGAUGUAGCAUACCCUCUGUCAUUUGUGAGCAUACAAAGCAAUUUCAAACAAUAUCAGAAGAGAGCAAUCAAGAUGGCUCAGCUGUGCCAAGAGAGAUUUGUCCUUCUCCCAAAUCUGAGGUAUCCUCCAGUGUGCCUGAAAGAGAACUUUUGAGCGUUCACGUACAUUCCAGUUUUGCAGCCUCUCCAACUAGAUCUGUAAACAGCAAAUAUAAUUCUACUGAUACAAAUGUCAUCAAGGGCACUGCUCCCAUGGGCACGCUGAUGGGCAGUCCUGUGCAUUUAGAGCCGUCUAAUCAGGUUGGUGUGAUCCAAAGUAAGUCAUGGGAGAUGGAGUCGUUAAACACCGGAGACUUUAGCUGCCCAAAUUCUGCUGCACCUGAUCAAGAUUCUUCUGUUCAGGGUUUUUGUAAUCCUGAAAACAAAGUAUUGAGAGAACAGAAUAUUGAUUUUGUGUCCGUGCACCAGACUGAAUUGCCAGGAAACACUUGUGCUCAGGAUCCAGCAUCCUUUCUCGCUUCACAGCAACCUUGCUCUUCUCACAGCCAAUCACUUUCAGAUGGUGAAUCUAUUUCCAGACAUACUUCUUUGUCCUAUGUCACCGCUCAAGAACCAGGUAUUCUGCAGCAGAAAAAUGCAAUUCAAAUGAUCAGUUCUGUUUUGGAUACUGAUACUGAACCUACAAAAGAUACGGAAAAUACUUUUGUCCUAACGGACGUUCAGAAGACAGAUGCCUUUGUCCCAGUGUACUCUGAAAACAUUGUUGAAGAAGCAGCACCAAAUUUUGAGAAAGCUAGUACUUUGCCAGUAUUGCCAUCAGAAAAGGACUUUAAUGGAAGUGAUUCGUCUUCCCAGCCAAAUCCUCAUUACACAUUUAGCAAGCUAAUGUUUAAGUCUUCCAGUGGCCAUGAGGCUGAAAAAAGCACUACUGAUACUCAGGAUACUUCACAUGAAAAAGAAAACAAACUGGAGAGUUUGGUUUUGACUCAUUUGAACGAUAAGUGUGAUUCUGAUUUAUGUGAAAUGAAUGCAGGGGUGCCAAAAGGAAACCUGAGUGAACCAGAUAAUCCAAAACCUUGUCCUGAAAGUGAGAAGUGUUUGCUUUCCAUCGAGGAUGAGGAGUCACAACAGAGUACUUUAUCGAGUCUAGAGAACCAUCCACAGCCAUCGGCUCCACCAGAAAUGCAUAAAUACGGACACUUAGUUAAAGUAGAACUAGAGGAAAGUGCUGAAGAUGAUAAACCUGAAAACCAUAUCCCUCAAAGGAUGACCAGAAACAAAGGCAACACAGGAGCCAGUCAAAGCAAGCAGCUUCUGGCCAGCUGCGCUCUGUUACCAGACAAAGACAGUGAAUCUGCAUCCCCUCGAGGAAGAAUAAGAUUAACUGAGGAGGACGACCCUCAGAUUCACCACCCGCGGAAAAGGAAAGUGUCUCGGGUGCCUCAGCCCGUGCAAGUGAGUCCCUCUCUGCUGCAAGCAAAAGAGAAAACCCAGCAGUCCCUGGCCGCCAUUGUGGACUCGCUGAAGCUCGAUGAGAUCCAGCCAUACAGCUCAGAGCGCGCAAAUCCCUAUUUUGAAUACUUGCACAUAAGAAAAAAGAUUGAAGAAAAGCGCAAGUUGUUAUGUAGUGUGAUCCCUCAGGCACCUCAGUAUUAUGAUGAAUAUGUGACGUUUAAUGGGUCGUAUCUCCUGGACGGAAACCCCUUAAGCAAGAUCUGCAUACCCACAAUUACACCCCCACCUUCACUGUCAGAUCCACUUAAAGAGCUUUUUCGACAACAGGAAGUUGUCAGGAUGAAACUACGUUUGCAGCACAGUAUUGAAAGGGAAAAACUCAUUGUAUCCAAUGAACAGGAGGUUCUUCGGGUUCAUUACAGAGCUGCAAGGACACUGGCAAAUCAGACACUGCCAUUCAGUGCAUGCACGGUUCUCCUGGACGCGGAAGUGUACAGCGUGCCCCUGGAUGCCCAGUCUGAUGACAGUAAAACUUCUGUGAGGGAUCGCUUUAAUGCAAGACAGUUCAUGUCUUGGUUACAAGAUGUGGAUGAUAAAUUCGACAAAUUAAAGACCUGUCUUUUAAUGAGGCAACAGCAUGAAGCUGCAGCUUUAAAUGCCGUCCAGAGGUUAGAAUGGCAGCUCAAACUCCAGGAACUUGAUCCUGCCACCUAUAAAUCUAUCAGCAUCUAUGAAAUUCAGGAGUUUUACGUUCCCCUGGUUGAUGUUAACGAUGACUUUGAAUUGACUCCUAUAUAG